GGUUAGAACGCUAGAAGGUUGAGCGAGAAGCGGUCAGUGACAGAUGAAGAGACAGAGAGAGCUCUCAAAAUGGGAGAACAAGCGGGGUUAAAGAGUAACAAGUAAGUGACACGGUACUUGUGAGUUACUGUGCCGGUACAUGUGUUUGGAGGCUCGCGGGAUGCAGCUGCAGAGGUGAUGCGCGGCUGCUCGAGCGAACAGGAACGCUCACUCUCGGUCUCUCGCCACGGCUGUUUAAGCAUGUCCACAGAUGACAGCAUCUCUGAGGACGUUUCCAGCUCUGUGGCCUUGAGCCACGAUCAGAUCAGUGCCAAUGGCGGGAAGGAGAGCGAGGCGUCCAUCGUCUCCUCUGAGGACACCGUAUCGGGACUCCCCGAAGAGGAGCGCUCCGCGUCCCGCCCCGAGGGCUUCCUUCAGACCACAGAAGGGGAAAACAGACCCUCCACCACACCAGCAUGCAACAUUACUAACAAAAUAAGGAAUCUGUGUCUUCGUACCGAGGAGGAGUUCAGCUCAGGGAGAAGUUUGCCCUUCAUCAACCCCAGCUCCUUAGAGACGCUCAGAGCCCUGGUCCAGGAGAUCCAGAGCAGCGGCGAGACCGACCCUGAGAUCUGGAAGAACUGUGAGGUGCGCAGAUGCCCGAGACCACGCUGUCCGUUCCCUCAUGCCGUCACGGCCCAGGUUUCUGGGCCAUCGUCUGGGGUCUCCCAUAGGAGUCGAGACCGCAGCAGCCACGCUCAGGGCUGUGGAGAACAUCCCACAAUGCAGCUGAUCCCUGACAUCACAAAUGAGAUCAUUUAGAAGUGUCUCGAGGGCUUUAAAGUUGGCAUGAUUUUAAA